AUGUUGAACAUGAACGAAACCCGUCGUCGGGCGUCGCAGUCCCUUGUCACGCCUUCAUCGCCACCAUCGCCACCACGAAUGAACCUGAAGACCCUGCACAAGUCUUCGAGCUUUCUGCUGGCAAAGCUCAACGUCUUCCGACCGCGCACAAAGCGUACGGAAAAUGACGCAGACAGUCGAUGGGAAGCAGCUGGACAGGGUAGCAACCUGAACCCGAUUCGGCGUGUCAGUGUAGUCGCGCGAUCGUGUGACGCCAACGAUGCCGACGUGCACUCGGACGUAGCAAAGGCGUCGGCGAUUCCAACGAUCCGUCGAGAACAGAGCGACAAAGUGAUUCGUUGGAGUGACAUCAACACUGGGGAUGAGACCGAUGAGGCCGAAACAUCUUCGAGUGAGAAGUCCUCCGUGUGUCCCUGGAAACAACUUGCCCCGACCGUGAAGAGCGAAAUCAGCCAAGUCACCGUCAUGUACUCCAUCUCGUUCUACCCGUGGAAGAUGGAGCCACACUGCUACUACUCGCAUCCCGAAGCCGCGGCAAAUUGGGUCCCCGACACGGCCAGUACCCGCUGUCAGACUUGUCUAGCAGCGUUCACCCUCACACGUCGACGGCACCACUGCCGACUCUGCGGGCAUCUCGUGUGUGCCAACUGCUCUCAUGACCGAACGUAUUUGCCGUUCACGGGCUCCGCUCCUAGCCAGCACCGACUCAUCAAGGAUGGCGCCCCUCAGCGCACAUGCAGCGCUUGUGCAAGUACGCUUCACAACAUGGCUGCACAAGACGAUCCUCGAGUCAAGCGCUUUACCAUUGCUGUAUCUUCGGCACGACAGCGGAAACCCGUUGCAUCAGCGCUGUCGAUUUCGUCAGCUCGGUCGGCAGUAGCGGUAGACGUCGAGCGCCCGUCGCCAUGGUUAAGGCGCACUGGUCUGGCGUUCACGGACAGCGAUGUCGAGGACGAAGACAUGUUCCCCGCAUCGAUGCCAGCGCUGCAACUGGAUCGAGGCUCGCACCGACCUGUGCACCAAUGCUCGCUUCGGCUUUCACUCAUUCGGGCAGGAGAGCUGGAUGAUAUCUUGAGCGCGCAAAUAGGUUCGCAGGCGCUCGCAGCAGUCGAUCGUCGGGGCAAUGCUAGCGUCCGACAAUAUGUCAUCAGCUCGGCGUGGCUUCACCAGUGGCUGCGGUACGUCCGUGUGAAUCCACUCAGCAAUGCUGAAGGCGAUACCGCGGGCUCCUUGUCCACACAGCAAGUGACGUACGAGAACUACCGAAACAAGGCACAGCGGCAGAAACCGACUGCAAAGACCUCGCGACCGGUAAGAGCUGCUCGACCGGGGCACGUGGCAAAUUACAUUCUCUUGGACUUUGUCAACGGUGAGCUGGUGCCCAAGCCCAACUUGCAACGAAGCAGAGGAAGUCACGUUGGAGGAGACUACCGCGUUGUGAGUCAGGAAGUCUGGACCGCCUUCUUGGGGCUCUAUGGCGGUGGACCGAGCAUCCAAGUGUCUCUCAGCAACGAUGCCGUUAUUGAAGCGGCAGCACCGAAGAACGACCAACAUCGACAGUCAGUGCAUCCGCCAUGGAUCAUUUCGGAGCUAGAAAGCUCGGUACCCGCUCCAGCAGCAUCUCCAUCGAUUGACAACUGCUCGUCGUCGUUGAGAGAGGGCGCAACGCAACGACGUGAAAAGGAAGUUAUGCUCAAUAGCAUCCAAAACACAAAUACGAGAUCGAUGCCAAGACGCCACUCUGCUCAUGGAAAGCACUUGGCCUCCGCCGCUUCUCCGUCGACGCAAAUGGAAAGACAACGAGUUCUGCUGUCGAAGACGAAGCACACUCGUGUCGUGUAA